AUGCUCAGGGCAGGCUUGUCAGUGGGGACACCCCCAUCUCGCCUACAUACUGCCAAGUCUCCACCCCAGGGCCUGACCCCUCCACACCAGGAUGGUCCUCAGGUGGCCUGUGCUGAAGCACAAGGGACAAUGAGAAGAUUCUGGCUCCUGGAAAGCCUUCAGAGGAGCCUCCCUGGAAGAGGCAUUGCUUGCCUGGUGACGGUGUCUGGGCCUCUCCCCCGUGGGCUGAGCAGAAAGGGGAAGUGUGGUCAGGCUGGCGCUCGCUGCUCCGGGGUGGGAGGAAAGCCUGUGGCCGAGGAACGUCUCUCACCAGCUGCACCUGAGCCACAGCACUCGGCACACUGCUCUCUCCUCAGCAGCUCACAUCUGGACACCCUGGCGGCCCAGGAUUCCACUGCAAUGGAUUGGUGGAGGGACAAUUUCUGGAUCAUCUUAGCUGUGACCAUCAUCAUUGUCUCCAUGGGCCUGGGCGUCAUCAUGUACUGUGUCUGUAGGCAGCUGGUUAGACAAGGCAAGAAAUUGAAAAUUGCCAAGCCUGUGAAACAAAAUCAAAGAGAGGAAGAAAAGAUGUAUGAGAACGUUACUAACCAGUCGUCAGUUCAAUUACCCCCUCUGCCACCCCGGGGUUUGCUUUCUUCAGAACAUGCCGCCCCACAGGAAACCCCACGUCAGCAAACAGCUACAUAG